AUGGAUCCAAUUAACCAUACCCACCCUGCCUUUGGGUUUGACCAAUCUGCUUUCGACUCCCAGGCUUUCCAUGACUUUGCCAACCUGGAUGCUGGCGGGCCUUUCAAUACUGCAAAUGGGUUCACCUAUGAGAAAAUUGAUUCUAUGGUCAGCUUUGACGAGUGCUAUGCCAGUAUACCUCUCGAUGGCCUCGAUCAGUCUAGCUCUGACAACGUCCCUAUGUUGGGAGCCUUCAACUCUGGCCAGCCCUAUUUUAAUGCGCCGCUCACACAGUCAGCAUUGAACGUCUUCAAUCAAUAUCUUACAGACACUGCUGUCAAUGGCGCUGCCCAGCUCAGUGAAACCGCAUCUUCCAAUGGCUCUGGACAAGCCGCGUUGUCGGCUUCCGCCAGUUUCGACAGUCCCAAUUCAACCAUUCAUGUCAAUGACACUCACCAGCUCAGUGGUACCGCCUCUCACAAUGGAUCUGGCCAGACUGCACUGCCAGCUUUACCUGGCUAUGAUAAGCCCCGUCCAAUCGCACCCCUCAACCGCUCUGCCCAGCCAGCAUCCAACAAUCUCCCCCUGCAUGCACCGCACAGGCAGGUGCCCUACGACCUCUCGAUCGGGACUCCGUACACACUAGAGGACAACGAUUCCGACAAGAUCCGAAAGUGGGAGAACCUUAUCGCCCAUGCCGAUCUGGCCAAUGCUGGCGUGCCUGCCUCUGCUUCUCAGAUCAUUGAAGAAGAGAGCGCUGGACAAAGCCCACAGACUGCGAGCUCAUCCAACUCUCUGUUUGACGACGGUCCUCGCUCCCCGUCCGUCGAGAUUGUUCAGACUCCCAGCCCCACUCCGUCGACUCCCUCACCUUCCCAAGCUCCUGCACCCACAAUAGCACCUUCGAAGGCCGCGAACAAUGUGGCUGCACGCGCCACUCCUCAACCUGUGCAGCUGCCACGUGCCUUGACACACCAGAAGAAUUAUGCCCAGCAUGUGUCUCCCUUCGCCCCUGUCGCAACAGUUUCCCCCCUGCCCCCUCUGCCCCAACUUCUCGGGAGCUGGAGAACGCUCGCUCCCGGAUCCAGAGCCUCGCGAAAGAACGAAACUAUUACCAACGCAGUUUGCACCCAGAACACAGCUCUUCGCCGCGCCAAUGCUAAGCACUUGGAGGAUAUGAAGGUUAUGGACGAGAUGUUGAAAGAGGGACGCCGCCAGUAUGCCCUCCUGGGCGAUCGAUUUAACGAGCUGGCUAAAGACAUGCAUAAGGCGCAGCUUGAGCUAAACCAGCUCAGAAACCUUGCAAGAGAACACAAUUAUGACCAACCCACCUUGCGUAAUGCAACUAGCGCCGAUCUCAAGUCUGGUAAGAUCAUUCUCCAGAUGCUCCAGACAGAGAAUGGAGCCCUUCGUCGGGUCAAGGCCAAGCAAGCACGCGAAUUGCGGGAGUUGAAGGAGCAGGCUCAGCGCCAAUGGGCCCAGUAUGUCUCCCUUGGGGAUCAGUGCAACGAUCUAGCCAAGCAACUGUACCGUACCCUGAUUGAACUUAAGGAAUUGAAGGGCGAGUGGUAUUUCUACCGAAUGUUCAAAGGCUACGAGCCAGAUCAAUGUGAUUCAAAUCAUCUUCGACAUCCAUAUUAA